AUGCGAGCGUGGGUCCUACUCUCCGCGGUGCUCUGGUACCUCACAGGAGUUGGAUGGCAGCGUAAUUCCGAACGCACUAAGAAAGGUUUCAUUUAUGGCAAGCCGGGACACCCAGUGAAAGUAUAUGUAAAAUUACAUCACAACAGCCCAGUCCUUGUCUGUAUGGACUUUAAACAUGCGGAAAAAGAAACAGUGGACCCCACCUAUUUAUGGGUUGGGCCUAAUGAAAAGCCAUUAUCAGGAAGUAAUAGAAUAAAUAUAACUAAUACAGGAAAGCUGACAGUGAAAGACUUUCUGGAGCCUUUGUCUGGACUUUAUACUUGCAGUUUUUCAUAUAAGACUAUCAAAGCAGAAACCCAAGAAGAAAAGGUAGUAAAGCAGAGAUAUGACUUUAUGAUCUUUGCCUAUCGGGAACCUGACUAUUCAUAUCAGAUGGCUGUACGUUUUACCACAAAAUCUUGUGAAGGAAAAUAUAAUGAUCUGCUUUUUCGAGUCCUGAAGAAAAUCUUGGAUAAUUUAAUCUUUGAUUUGUCAUGCCAUAUCAUAGAACCAUCAUAUAAAUGCCAUUUUGUUAAAGUUCCAAAACAUGGCCUCAUUCAUGAGCUAUUUAUAGCCUUUCAAGUUAAUCCUUUUGCACCAGGGUGGAAAGGUACAUGCAAUGAGUCUAUUGACUGUGAAGAUACCACUAAUCAUAAUAUCCUCCAGGCAAGAAAUCGAAUAGAAGAAUUUUUCCGGAGCCAAGCAUAUAUUUUCAACCAUGAUCUAAAUAAAACUCUACCAGCCAUGCAUUUUGUGGAUCACAGUUUUCAAAUAGUACGUAUGGAUAGCUGUCGUCCAGGCUUUGGAAAAAAUGAAGGUCUACACAGCAAUUGCGCUACCUGUUGUGUGGUUUGUAGUCCUGGUACUUUUAGUCCUGAUGUUGAUGUUACAUGUCAGACCUGCAUUUCCGUCCAAAUCUAUGGAGCUAAAUCAUGCCAGUGA